ACCUUUCCAUUUUAAAGGAGCUCGAAGCUGUGUGCCGAUAACUGUUUAAAGUUAGGCUCCAGUUUUGUUUACCACCCCCUUCCGCUGCGGCGCUCUAAGCUCCGCGGACACCCGCAACCUUUCACCACAGAGCAGUAAACACAUUUCAGAAACGUGAGGGGGCCGGCGGUCACGUGGAGCAGAGACAGCCAAUGGGCCGGAGGAGGAGGGGCUUGGCGGAUCCCGUCGUUCUGGAUUGCUGCGCAGUCACAGGGCGGACGGCGAGGAGAGCGGCGUUCGGCUUGAAGCUGAGGGAAACCAAAGAGAAAAAGCGUCUCGCCCCACGGCCGCCAUCCGCGCAGCGCGAGCCGGUUUUGCCUCGAACUUGGUGAAGCUUGUUGCCCGACAGCUAACUGUGAGCGGGGGCGCGCGCGCGGCUGAGGAAAAGAAGGGGUGAUGCGUUUCCCGCUGGCGGCCAUCGCCACCGUCACCCGAGCUGCUGCCUCCACCGCCGCGGCCGCCGCCUCCACUGGGUCCUAGAGCCGCAGGCGCGUCUAGAGCGACCUCUCUCCCCCUAAGCCGCCUUCCUUCUCCUGCCCCUUCUUUCCCACACCCCAACAUCACCACACCUGAGGGUGUUCCUCUCAGUGUCGGGUCCCGGCUCGGUAUGAGCCGCGACGCCGACUUCCUUUUUUCUUAAACGGCCGGUAUCUCUUUCCUCCUCGCCCCCCACGCCUCUUCUCCCGGUUCGCCCCGGCCGCUACCCCCACACGUGGCGUAUCUGUGAGGGGAAGUGACUAGGCGUCCCCCGAAAGAUGGGGGUGAAUGCGGUGCACUGGUUCCGCAAGGGGCUCCGGCUCCACGACAACCCGGCGCUGAGAGAGGUAAUCCAAGGCGCUAACACCGUGCGCUGCGUCUACAUCCUGGACCCCUGGUUCGCGGGCUCCUCCAACGUGGGGAUCAACCGGUGGAGAUUUCUGCUUCAGUGUCUUGAAGAUUUGGAUGCCAACUUACGAAAAUUAAAUUCUCGUUUGUUUGUGAUUCGAGGGCAGCCUGCAGAUGUGUUUCCCAGGCUCUUUAAGGAAUGGAACAUUACAAAACUUUCAAUCGAAUAUGACUCGGAGCCAUUUGGGAAGGAGAGAGAUGCAGCAAUUAAGAAGUUGGCCAGUGAAGCAGGAGUAGAUGUUAUUGUACGAAUUUCACAUACUUUAUAUGACCUAGACAAGAUUAUAGAACUAAAUGGAGGACAGCCACCUCUUACCUAUAAGAGAUUUCAGACUCUAAUAAGUAGAAUGGAGCCACUGGAGAUGCCUGUAGAAACUAUUACUGCAGAAGUUAUGUCAAAGUGUACCACUCCAGUUUCUGAUGACCAUGAUGAAAAAUAUGGUGUUCCGUCGUUGGAAGAACUAGGUUUUGAUACAGAUGGGUUGCCUUCUGCUGUUUGGCCAGGUGGAGAAACAGAAGCCCUUACAAGGUUGGAAAGGCACUUGGAAAGAAAGGCUUGGGUAGCAAACUUCGAACGACCACGAAUGAAUGCAAAUUCUCUUCUUGCAAGUCCCACAGGACUUAGUCCUUACCUACGAUUUGGCUGCUUGUCCUGCCGCCUUUUUUAUUUCAAGUUAACAGACUUGUACAAAAAGGUAAAGAAGAACAGUUCUCCUCCUCUUUCUCUCUAUGGCCAGUUGUUGUGGCGCGAAUUCUUCUACACUGCAGCCACUAACAACCCACGCUUUGACAAAAUGGAAGGCAAUCCUAUAUGUGUGCAGAUUCCAUGGGACAGGAAUCCUGAAGCUUUGGCAAAAUGGGCAGAGGGUAGGACUGGGUUCCCUUGGAUUGAUGCUAUUAUUACCCAGCUACGUCAGGAAGGCUGGAUCCACCAUUUAGCCAGACAUGCUGCGGCAUGCUUCUUGACUCGAGGUGAUCUGUGGAUUAGUUGGGAAGAAGGAAUGAAGGUAUUUGAAGAAUUACUUCUGGAUGCCGACUGGAGUGUGAAUGCAGGCAGUUGGAUGUGGCUGUCCUGUAGCUCUUUCUUCCAGCAGUUUUUCCAUUGUUAUUGCCCUGUGAGCUUUGGCAGAAGAACUGAUCCUAACGGGGACUAUAUCAGACGCUAUCUGCCUUUCCUAAGAGGUUUUCCUGCAAAAUACAUAUAUGAUCCUUGGAAUGCCCCUGAGGGUGUCCAGAAGGUUGCAAAAUGUAUAAUAGGAGUGAAUUACCCUAAACCAAUGGUAAAUCAUGCUGAGGCAAGCCGCUUGAAUAUUGAAAGGAUGAAACAAAUCUACCAGCAACUGUCACGAUACAGAGGAUUGGGUCUCCUUGCGUCAGUGCCUUCGAAUGGGAAUGGAAAUGGAAAUAGUGGCCUAAUGGGAUAUCCACCAGGGGAAACCCUUUCUGGUUGCCCCAAUGCAAGUGGAUCUCAAAUGGGAACAACUGAAGGCCAUACAGGGAGUGUUCAAACAUGCACCUUAGUAGAAUCUCACACAGGAACAAAUGGAAUUCAGCAGCAAGGUUAUUCUCAAGGGAGUGGUAUUUUGCAUUAUGCUCAUGGGGAAAGCCAGAAAACACACUUAAUCCAGCAAGGAAGAACAUCUCUUGGUGCUGGAGUGUGCACUGGGAAACGCCCAAAUCCAGAAGAGGAAACUCAGAGUGUCAGUCCAAAAGUCCAGCGUCAAAGCAGUAAUUAAUGGCUUUGCUGAAAGAGAAGGAUCCACACUCUAAAAUGUCAGGGCAACAUUAUUUCACUUCAUAUUGGAAUUAAAACGUUUUGUGAGAGUACUUGUAUUAAAAUGGGCAUUUUCAUACAUUUAUUUUCACACUGUCUGAAUUGUUGUAAACAAGUAUGAUUUUUUGGAGUGCAUUGUUUCUAACUAGUAUUUCUAUGGUUUUUAAACUUUUAAUGGCUCACAAAUAGAGAUUUGUAAAUAAAGCAUUUGUUGAUGAGUUUGAUAACUUAAUGUAAAUAUAAGCAUUCAUGAUUAGUGAUAGACUCAUCAAUAUAUUUUUAUAUUCCAUGUAUGGCUUUCAGAAAAGGCUUUAAUUGAAUGGAUGUAAAAUGCAAAGUGUCCAAACAAUGAUGACUUUGAACAUUUUUAGAUUUAAUAUUUUUAGAUUUGGGGCAGGAUUUUUGAUCUCUUUAUGAACCAAACUGUCUUUUCAAAAUGUCAGCUCUUAUAUGUCUGUGUAUAAAAUACCAGAGAUGUUACUCUAUGGAAAUACAGCUGUAUAUAAGUCUCAUAUGCCAAUAUUUUGUUAUUAUGAAGUUGUCAUGUACUAUGUUGUGUCCUUGUAUUUCCCACUGCCUUGUUCAAUCACAGUGAGGAUACCCUUGUUAAUAAAAAUGUAUAUAUAGAUUGUUUCA